ACUACGGCUACUUCUAGAUCUAGCUACGAGUGCAUGCAUGACAAUCACACUGACAUAAAUAGCUUCGAAUAAUAACACCGUUGAGGCUGAGAGUCUUGCUCUUGUGAUUUAAAUAUCAAUGUUGUUGACGUUUUUGUGGUCUGUAACUUUAACAAACAUUGCAGAAUAAUAAUUCAUCACUCCGAUAUUUAGAACAUUUUUCAUUUGAAAAGUGCAAACGGAGGACCUGCAACACACUGCACGCUCUUCAUGUGAAAAUAUUUUAUUGGUCAGUGUUGGUAUUACGCUCUCCGAUAAAUGACUUUGUGAACUUGAUGUCGAACUGUGUUUCAGUUUCAUCCAACAUCUAGUAUCCAUGGUGACUUGGUACUUGUGAGGUUAUCCUGAUACUGGACGAUUGUGCUUGCAUCCCGUGUUGAAACCAGUGUCAUGGCUACCGUUCCUCCGAGAUGGGUCGUUCUGUCAAGCGGGCUGUUACUUGUGGUCCUGAUCAGGGGCUAUGUGCAAGCUCAAAAUAUCCUGAUUAAUCCGAUGAUUGGGAAAGGCAGCCAUUUUUACGUAUCUGCUGCCAUUGGAGAAGAACUCAUUCAUCGGGGAUACAACGUCACUUUUCUCCUUGGAGGUGCUUUUUACGAUCAAGCUAGAAACAGCCGCUAUGGGGACAUGUUUCAUUGGGAAGUAUUUCAGCAUCCUAUACCUAGGCAAACAGUCCAUGAUAUGUUUGCAAACCUAACUAAACUCAUAUCGGACGGUGGCUUCCAACAGGAAAAAAAAAUUAUGACUGAGUUGAUGACGGCUCGCGUUAAUGAUUGUACUGCUCUUCUUGAAGACAAGUACCUGAUUGGACGUCUUCGGUCUGCCAAUUUUUCUGCAGUUUUAUACGAUGCGACGUGGGUUUGUGGAGCAAUGGUUGGGGAAUUACUAAAUCUACCAACCUUUGUAGUCUAUGCAUUUGCUAAUCCUUGUUUGGUAACAUCUUCUCAAGGAACACAUUUUCACCCAGCCUAUGUACCAAGCUUUAUGACACCUUACUCAAACCAGAUGAAAUUCAAUGAAAGAGUUGUAAACUCGUUACUUUAUAUCCUCGGAGCGUUGAUAGGUCAUUAUUACUAUGCUCCUUACAUAGGCUUGACCAAGCGGUUCAAUGUAUCAGAACCAAUGCUUCUUAUGGCGAAUAGUAAGCUUUGGUUAGUCAAUACCGAUAAUGUAGGAGAGUUUCCAUGUGCCCUAGCUCCGAAUGUCAUUCCAGUUGGUGGUCUUACCACAAGGUCACCAGAAGAACUGCCUUCUGAUAUAGAUGAAUUCAUCCAGGGCUCAAAUGAUGAUGGUAUUAUCAUCUGUUCAUUCGGAUCUUUUCUCAUUCUAGACCAGAAUAGUCUUCGUUUGAUUCGGGUAUUUUCAGAGGCGUUCGAUAGACUACCCCAAAGAGUAAUAUGGCUUUUGAAGGAACACCCUCCAUUUCCGAUUCCUGCCAAUAUCAAGAUCUUACCCUGGCUACCUCAAAAUGAUAUCCUUGGCCAUCGUAAAACAAGAGCUCUCUUCUUCCACGGAGGUCAAAGUAGCUAUUAUGAGGCCAUUUAUCACGGGGUACCUGUUGUUGUAAUGCCUGUAUACGGUGAUCAGAAGGAUAUCGGAGCAAGAGUCGCCAGUAAAAAAUUAGGAUUAAUAUUGGACAAAGAUUUGCUUACUGCGGAGAUUCUAUAUGACGCUCUUCAUGAGGUAACAACGAACAUUACUUAUACUAUACGGGCAAAAGAGAUGUCUCUUGCUUUCCGAGAUCGAAAAAUGAAGCCAGCUGAACGAGCUUCGUUUUGGAUUGAUUACGCAAUAAAACAUGGAACACAUCAUCUUGAGAUACCUCUUCGCAGUUUAAAUUUCUUCCAGUACUAUCUCAUAGAUGUCAUUUUAUUCGUCUUAUUGUUUUUGAUAUUAACUUUCUAUGUUUUAUUCAAGUGCCUCAUGUUAGUUCGAUUCUUCAUUUGUAAUUGUCAUAUAAAAUCCAAACUUGAUUAGUUUGGAAAUAUCGUUCCUUUUAUUUACUAAACAGGUCAAGAUUGAAUAGUUUCUUUACAUGUUCGACGGUAUAGGAUGCUAUAGUGAUCUUCUUCUUUUCCUCCUUUCUUUUCUUCUUCUUGUUCUUCUUCUCUUUCUUUUUUCUUUUUCUUCUUCUUGUUCU